CCCUUCCCAUCAUUUUUUGGGCCUAAUUUACAAUUCCACAUUUGCGGUUUAUCACAUCUUCCCCCUCCCCUUAAACCCUCACCAUUAAACAAGCUUCUACCAUCGCCGCCGACCACCGUAAUUACACACAGUAACCAUGGACCGAUCUCAGAAAUCUCACCGGACUCGCCAGUCCGGUCCUUCCGCCAGGAAAAAAUCCGAUACUGAUAAGAAGAAACGCGACAUCACUCAAGAUAAAAAUCAAAACCCUAAGGCAUUUGCGUUUAAUUCGAAGGUGAAAGCGAAAAGGUUACAGUCACGGGCUACCGAAAAGGAACAACGUCGGUUGCAUAUACCGACUAUUGAUCGUAACAUUGGUGAACCGGCUCCUUAUGUUAUUGUUGUACAUGGUCCUCCCCAGGUUGGGAAGUCUUUACUUAUAAAGUGUCUUGUUAAGCAUUACACCAAGCAUAAUAUACCGGAUGUACGUGGUCCACUGACUAUUGUCUCAGGUAAGCAAAGGCGGCUACAGUUUGUUGAGUGCCCAAAUGAUAUUAAUGGUAUGAUUGAUGCUGCGAAGUAUGCCGAUCUUGCACUACUGCUUAUUGAUGGUAGCUAUGGUUUUGAAAUGGAAACUUUUGAGUUCCUUAACAUUAUGCAAGUUCAUGGAUUCCCCAAGGUUAUGGGUGUUCUUACACACCUUGAUAAGUUUAAGGAUGUUAAGAAACUUAAAAAGACAAAGCAAAGGCUUAAACAUCGGUUCUGGACCGAGAUUUAUGAUGGGGCCAAGUUAUUUUAUCUAUCUGGUCUGAUUCAUGGAAAGUAUGUCAAACGUGAGGUUCAUAAUCUUGCAAGAUUUAUUUCUGUUAUGAAGUUUCAUCCUCUAUCUUGGAGAACGUCUCAUCCUUAUGUUCUAGUAGAUCGAUUUGAAGACGUCACGCCUCCAGACAGAGUGUCCACAAAUAAGAAGUGUGAUAGAAACGUGACAUUAUAUGGUUAUUUGCGCGGCUGCAACAUGAAGAAAGGAACUAAGGUGCAUAUUGCUGGUGUGGGUGAUUAUAGUGUAGCUGGUUUAUCAGGUUUAGCCGAUCCUUGUCCUUUACCUUCAGCUGCAAAAAAGAAGGGGUUACGUGACAAAGAGAAGCUAUUUUAUGCACCUAUGUCUGGUAUUGGGGAUCUCUUAUAUGAUAAAGAUGCUGUUUACAUAAACAUCAAUGAUCACUUUGUGCAGUUUUCUAAAGUUGGCAAUGAAGAUGAUACCUCGCGAAAAGGAACGGAUGUAGGCGAAUUUCUUGUGAAAUCACUUCAAAACACAAAAUUUUCCAUUGAUGAGAAGUUAAAACAAAGUUCCAUCAAUUUUUUCAGUCAACAAAACAACAAUUCAAGAGAAACUAUAAAUGGUGACAAUGAGGACCAUUUGAAUCAUAAUAACUCCUUAGAACCUUCGGAGGAACUUAAUACUGUUACUUCUGAUGAGGAAAGUGAUGAUGAAGAUUUAAAUGACUCGGAAGAAGCAGAAAAUGCUAAAGUAGAAAAUAAUAAAAAUAACAUUAAGGAGGAAGUUGAGUUCCAUAAGGGAAGGACACGGAGAAAGGCAGUAUUUGGAAAUGAAAGUGAGAUUGAUGAUCAAGAGGCCACUGAUGAAGAUGAAGAUGAAGAAGAAGCAGAAGCAGAAGCAAGAGGUGAUAAUUCAGAUGAUGAAUCGUCUUCAUACUCAGAUUCUUCUGGUGAAGAGGAAGAGGAGAAUGACACUGAAGAAAACUUGGGGAUUGAUUCCAAAUGGAAAGAAUCAUUGGUUGAGAGGACAAUGUCAAGGCAAACGACUAAUCUUAUGCAACUUGUGUAUGGAAAGGCUGAAACAAAAUCAAGUGAUUCUUAUACGGAAGACAUGGAUGGCAAUGAAAGUGAUGAUGAUGAUGAGUUUUUUAAACCCAAAGGCGAAGGAAACAAGAAAUUAACUAAAGGAUUGGAGGGCGAACAAGUAAAUUCCGAAGAUAGUUCUAAGUUCAUCAAUUAUGCUAACGCAAAAGACUGGAAAGACGGAGAAACAAUUGAAGGUAUUCGUGAUCGUUUUGUAACUGGAGAUUGGUCGAAGGCUGCUCGCAGAGGGAAAGUUGAUGAGGUGGACGCUGAGGAAGAUGAUGCUUACGGUGAGUUUGAAGACUUGGAGACUGGUGAGAAGCAUGAAGGUGAUAAGACAGGCGAUGAUAACAAGGAUUCUGACCCGAUUGUUGAAGAAAGGAGGCUUAAAAAGCUUGCUCUCCGUGCAAAGUUUGAUGCUCAAUACAACGGGUCUGAAUCUCCUGAUGAAGAUGAUGACAAAAAUCGCAAAAGCAAAGAUAAUAACAGCCAAACUAAUGAAGGUGGUUUUCUUGACAAGUUGAAGGAGGAAGCUGAACUUCAAAGACAAAGGAAUAUAGCUGAACUCAACGAUCUAGAUGAGGCCACACGCAUAGACAUAGAAGGUUACCGCACUGGAACUUACCUCCGAUUGGAGAUUCACGGUGUUCCCUAUGAAAUGAUUGAACAUUUUGAUCCUUUCCAUCCUAUUCUUGUUGGUGGAAUCGGUCUCACAGAGGAAAAUGUUGGAUAUAUGCAGGCUAGAUUUAAGCGUCAUAGAUGGCACAAAAAGGUUUUAAAGACCAAAGAUCCUAUAGUUGUUUCCGUAGGAUGGAGGCGCUACCAAACUUUACCUAUAUAUGCUAUUGAGGAUGUUAACGGGCGUCACCGUAUGCUCAAAUAUACCCCUGAACACAUGCAUUGUCUUGCCAUGUUUUGGGGCCCACUUGCACCCCCAAACACCGGGGUUGUGGCUGUUCAAAAUUUGUCAAACAAUCAGGCCUCAUUUAGAAUCACAGCUACGGCAGUUGUAUUGGAGUUUAACCAUGCUGCAAAAAUCGUUAAGAAGAUAAAACUAGUGGGUGAACCCUGCAAGAUAUACAAGAAAACAGCGCUUAUAAAAAAGAUGUUCACUUCAGAUCUUGAAGUAGCUAGGUUUGAAGGUGCAGCCAUUCGUACUGUUAGUGGAAUUCGUGGGCAGGUUAAGAAGGCUGGAAAGAUUGAGCUCGGUAAUAAGCCUAAAAAGAAGGGAGGACAAGUUGAAGAAGGAAUAGCUCGGUGUACCUUUGAGGAUAAAAUCUUGAUGAGUGAUAUUGUUUUUCUGCGAGCUUGGACUCAAGUGGAAGUUCCGUCCUUUUACAAUCCCUUGACAACUGCUUUACAACCCCGCCAUGAGACGUGGCGUGGCGUUAGAACAGUAGGGGAGUUAAGGAGAGAAUAUAAUCUUCCCAUUCCCGACAACAAAGAUUCUCACUACAAGCCGAUUGAAAGGCCACUAAAGAAGUUCAACCCGAUUGUCGUUCCCAAAUCAUUGCAAAGUGCACUUCCGUUUCACUCAAAACCCAAGGAGACAAAGUCAAAGAAGGAUGUAAGAGCAGUUGUACCUGAACCACAUGAGCGAGAUGUUCAAAAACUUGUCCAGCACUUGCAGUUGAUCAGGCAUAACAAGUUGAAGCAACAGAAACUCAAAAAGCAGGAGCAGAAGAAAAAGCAUGACGCUGAGAAGGCCAAGGAAGAUUUGGUGACAAAGAAACGUCAGCGAGAAGAAAGACGAGAUAGAUAUCGCACACAAGACAAGCUACAGAAGAGAAUGCGCAGAGACUGAGGCGUCUUGCAUUUAGUGGUGGCCAAUAAUUUGAGCUGCUACGGCUGAGUCAUUUUUGUAGUGUGUGUAGGGUCUAUAACAAUGUGAUGAUAUCAUAGAAGAGAUUGUAUUGAUAUCAUAGUUUAAGCUCAUACUCCCGGUUAAAUGUCAGAGUUUUGGUUUGAUCAAGUUUAAAACGAACUCUGAAUACUUUGUACACAUGCAAGGGGACUUGAGCUUAAAUUGGAUAGUGAUGCGGUAAACCUUUUCCAUAUUAAUAUUAGAACGAAUUGCAUUUUUGGUC